AUGAUCACGGCGUCUGUGCGCGUGGGCUCCAGUCUGUUGCUCGAGCCUGCGCACGAGCUGCUGUUCCCCCUGCCAGACAGUACUACUACACCAGCCUCUCCUCGCCCCCGCUGCACGCUCUCUCUCACGAACCUCUCGCAGUGCAACGACUUGCUCUUCCGCGUCCGAACUCGCAACCCGGACGCGUUCACAGUCCGUCCGACCUACGGGUUAGUACCGCCUGGAGCGUGUUGUGAAGUAGUUGUAACCGCCAGUGCAAAGACGUGCGAGGGGUUGAGAGCUGUGGACCCAUUGGACUUGCAGUCGCGUCAACCGUCGGAGCUUUUCCUCGUGCAGAGUCUGGAGAGAGCGAGGGACGGUCAAGCGAUGGAGUUCCUAGCGACAAAGUCAAGCGCGUUGGUGCGGGAGCUGUGGAAGAAAGUGGACAGUGAUUGUGUUGCUGAGGACAAGGUGGCCUGUCGCUUUGCUGCAGUGGCAUCAGACGGGGUAGAAGUCGCAUCAAGCAACGGAAUGGCGUCCUCGCGCAGCUUGAGGAGCGCGAGUGCGAGUUUGGACGAGUCUCGAUCGAGUCGAAGUGGGAACAGGAGCUCCAGUAUGAGCGCAGCCGAGUCUCGGUCGAGUUGCAGUAGCAGCAACUGUGAACGAGGCACUUCGCAGCGGUCGUUGAGCAGCUACUUGCCAUCUGGGAGAGAAGUGCAUCGAAGCCGUCAUGAAUCGGUUGGCAGUGAUACGAGCUAUUACACAACAAUUGAGCCUCCUGUGCGUGUACGUGGUGGAAGUUCAGAGGCGAGACGACCGGCGGUGACUAACUGCGGGGUUGCGUCGACGGCAGGACGACGUGGCACUUCCGUAACUAACAGCUCAUUGAGCGACACAAUGAUGUCUGCUCGCACCGGGUUUUCCACCGACACGGUUGCGACUGAGUCGACCUACGAUUCGAACUCGUUGCACUACCAUAUUCAGCCGGAUGAUGCGCUGUCAUUCGAUGUGAAGCCUGCACCGCGCAUGUGGGGAAGCAGGUCGUUUUUCAUUGUGAACUCAAGUCCGGAUAGGUGCCUUAUGUUUAGGGUGCGGACGUCGAACCAGUCAGGCUAUGUUGUGAAGCCUAGUCGAGGACUUGUGUCAGCAACGAAUGCGCUGGAAGUGACUGUCUGGAUAUGUGCACCUCGUCACGAAAGUGAGUUUGAUCCUACACAGCGUGAGGCGAAAGACAGUUUUCUGGUUGAAGUCGCCAAUAUUUCGCGGGACAAGUACGAUGAUUUGAUGCACGUUGACGAGCAAACGCGCACCGAGGAACUGAGACAUCUCUGGACUCUUGUGCCUCGAAGUGAACGCCAGUCGACGAUGCUUGCAGUUAAGCUGAAGAUGGAGAACAGUGACAGGAUACGUAGCACCCGCACGAGGUCUACGAGUGACGCUUACACUGAUUCUCGAAGCAGGAUGAACGCCGCAGUAACUGAAAGCAGAAAUGAGAGAGCCAAGCGUCGACCAGUAGCGUCACUGGUCGAAGGUUUGAAAGAGCUUUCCACUUCUUCAUCAACAGGCGCGAGCACAGCAGGGAGCAACAUCGACUAUCGAUACUCGGACACGGACGAGUCUGUGUUCACUAUUGCUCCAACUGCCGUGCGCACUGAACCCAGCAACAAUGACAGCGAUGACAACGUGGUCGAAAGUCCAUCUUUGCACGGUCCUCAGAACUCGACGGUGCUUGUCGUGUCCGCUGACAGGAUGGACACUAUUGAUUUUUCCAACCCGAAGCUGUCGUUCUUUAUAUAG